AUGGAGCCCACUGCGUUCCACAUUGAUCCUUGCCCUGGGCGUUGGGAACAGCUCCAUCAAUGCACUGUACCCUUACAGUCUUCACCUGGAGACUAUAUUGUGAAUCUUUACCAAGGAAAAGCAUCCAUUCUCCGCACCACUUCCUGGUUGCACCCCAAGUGCUCCAUGUUGCAUGAGCGCCGGGCUGCUGCAGGCUUUUCCUGGCAGCUCCUCCCCGCCCUCUCCGGGCAGCACCAUCUCGUGCUGCUGGGAUGCAGCGAGGCAAAUACAGGUGAUAAAGGAAAAGCUAUCGGUGCACCGCUGCGUGCUCCGUGGAGCAGCCCUAGCCCUUUAAGCUGCCCACCCUCCCCAGCAGGCCGCGGCGGCAGCUGGCAGCUAUUUAUAUACGGGCGGCGGCAGGCGCUGGGCGUUUUGCGUGAGGCGGUCCCGGGGGCGGCGGGGCCCAGACUGGAGGCUGUCAUGGCUUUCACUUCCACGCCGGUGCGUGGAGGCCGCUGCCUCGGCUCGCCGCCGAUCUCGCCGCCGAUCUCGCUGGUGAGUUUGUUGCCGAGCACGUCGCCGAGCCCGACCCGGCUGAGCCGGCUGCAGGAGAAGGAGGAGUUGCGACACCUCAACGACCGCCUGGCCGCCUACAUCGAGCGGGUGCGUGUGCUCGAGGCCGAAAAUUCGGCUCUCCAUCAGUCCCUGAGGGAGCAAGAGGAGAAAACCGACCGGCAGCUGGACACCCUGCGGCUCUGCUACGAGACGGAGCUGGCCGACGCCCGCCGAACAUUGGACGACGUCGCUAUCCAGCGGGCCACGCUGCAGGUGGAGCUGGGCAAGAUCGGCGAGGAGCACCGGGAGCUGCGCAGCAGGAGUUCAAAAAUAGAAGCUGAUUUAAACCUGGCACAGGCUCACGUAAAAGACCUCAGUGCUCAGCUGAGUGAGAAGGAAGCUGACUUAGCGGCAGUUUUGGUUGAGAAGCGAAGUCUGAUGAAUGACCUUCAUGAAUUAAAGGAUGAAGCAGUCAGUCUGAAGCAGUCACUGGAAGAUACUAAAGAGCAACUCCACAAUGAAGUGUUAAGGGGUGUGGAUCUGGAAAAUCACAGGAUUGCUUUGCUGGAACAAAUGGCAUUAAAGAAGCGCCUUCAUGAAGAUGAGCUCAAGGAGACAAGAAGAAUCUAUGAGAACAGGGUAGCAGAAAUAGAAUCUAUUUAUCAGACUAAGGUCUCAGAUGCUCUUCAGGGACUUAGAAAACAACAAGAAGAACAAAUUGAAGAGUACAAACUGGAAAUGGAACAAACAUUUCAUGCAAAAAUGGUGAAUGCCCAACUGUCUUCAGCAAAACAUAGUGACAUUGCCAAGGCCGUUCAGGAGGAGCUGAAGCAAGCACAACAGAGAGUUGAGAGUCUCACAUCUCAACUUAAUCAAUGUGAAAGCCAGAAUGUUGCUUUUGAGACCAAAAUAAGGGAGCUACAGGAGAUGAUGGAUUAUGACCGUGAUCUCCAUCGAAGGUGUAUGGCUGAAAAAGAGCAAGAAAUGGCACGAGUCCAGCAGCAAACACAAGCCCAGCUGGACGAAUAUGAGAAUCUCUUAGAUGUGAAACUGGCUCUAGAUCUGGAAAUAGAUACCUACAGAACAAUGCUGGAAGGAGAGGAACAGAGGCUAAGGCUGUCACCCAGUUCAUCUUCACACAGCACUGCAACUCGAGCAACAAGUCAAGGGCAACAGUUCCUGCCUGGGAAGAAAAGGAAAAUGAAAGAAGCAAAAAAGAGAAGGCUUAGUGUUGGGUUUAAGACUGUUCAGCAUGCUGCUUCUGGAAAAGUAUCUAUUGAAGAAAUUGAUGCAGACGGGAAAUUUGUCAGGCUUAAAAAUAAAUCUGAUGAGGAUCAACCACUACAUGGAUGGGUGUUAAGACGACAUCUUGGAGGUGUGUCAGAUGCAACAUAUACCUUUCCUUCACAGUUCACUCUUCAGGCUGGUCAAGUGGUUACAAUCUGGGGUGCAGCUGCUGGUGUAAGCCCAGGUCCCAGUGAUUUGGUCUGGAAGUCUCAGCGAUCUUGGGGGGCUGCAGAUACUAUUGAUGUUACACUCAUCAAAGAUGAUGGUCAGGAACUUGCAAAGAGGAAGAUAAUGCAUGUACCCACAGGAGAAGAAAGCGGUGAGCAAGACGAUGAUUAUGAAGAAAUAACUGAAAGUGAAAUGGAGUUUCUAUCUCAGACCAAAAGAAGAAGAAAAAAGAAGUGUUGUUUGGUUUCAUGAUAAUCGUUCCUGUAAGCAUCCUUAAGGAGGUGAGGCGGUGAGAAUCAUGCUUGUCUUUUCAUAGCACACUUGCUUCAUUAA